GUCGUUUUUAAUCGGGUGUUUAUAGUCUCGUCGAAAGGGAUGGUUUUUUUUUGUGUGGUGACACUGAACGCCACAAAAGAAAAUGGCGGUUCCCUAUGGGAGGACGGCAUGUCGGCCUCUGCUGUGUUAUAUUUCCCGUUUUAGGGGCACGCCAGCCGGAAAAUGUGUCUUCCGUCAGCUUUCCACCGACAGUAGCCUCCGUGGGUCGGGCUUACAGAGCCUAAUAGUGACGGAAAAGCAACAUUCUCCGUGGACUCUGAUGGCCGCGGUGUGUUUGCAGAGGCUGCCCGUCAUUUCGGCCGACCCCAAUCCCAUCGAGCAGCAGUUUGGACGCUUCUUGCAGGAGAUGGAGAUGGAGACGAGCAUCCUGUCGGAGCACGAGCUGCGGCUGCAGGACGACGCGGAGCAACUGCGGCGCUUGCAGACGGACGGCUACGACUCCGACGACAACUCCCGCAAGGACCAGGAGAUCGUGCUCACCCAGGACCUGGAGGAUGCAUGGGAGCAGAAGCUGAAGAGCUUCCAGCCGGCGCCUAGGGUCCACGCCGAGGCGGAUAAGGACCUGACCUCGGCGCGGCGCCGCCUGGCGGACUCCCUGGUCCUGGUGUCCGAGCAGCAGGUGGGGGGCAAGAAGCUGUGGACGCUCCCUCAGGCCGAGUGGCGGGAAGGAGAGACCCUGCGGGGCACGGCCGAGAGAGCGCUCGCCUCCCUGCCAGACGCCGCUCCCGAGGCGACCUUCCUGGGCAACGCCCCCUGCGGCGUGUACAAGUACAAGCUGCCCAGAGCCGCCAGGACAGACACCUCGCUGGGGGUCAAGAUCUUCUUCUUCAAGGCCGUCCUCGGCAACGCCCCGGCGCCGCCAAGCCCCGCCCUCAUGUGGCUGAGUAAAAACGAACUGCAGCGCUUCCUCAAGCCGGCCUACGCCACCAAUGUAGAGCGCUUCCUGCUCGGCUUGUGACGCACGCCGGCACAUCUCUACGGAGCCCCUAAAGGGACAUGGGGGAAUUUGUUUGUUUUUUAUAUAUAUAUAUAUAUCUUUUUUGACAUU